AUGGCUAUCACGGGCUACUUCAUUGAUGAGGACUGGAACUAUCGUGAGAUUUUACUUGGCUUCCAGCCACUCCAAGGAGCUCACUCAGGUGCUAAUUUGAGCGCGGUUCUCUUGAAAACUUUCCAACAACAUCAAAAUGUUGAUCGGGUACUGGCCGUGACAACUGAUAAUGCAUCAAACAAUAACACUUUGAUCACUAGUAUCCAGGAGUCAAUUCAGACACUCGAGCUUGAUGAGCAGAUUACUAUAAUCCGCAUUCCAUGUAUCGCACAUGUGAUUCAGCUCAGCCUCAAUAAGCUUCUCAGUCGGAUCCAAGUCAACCCAAAAAUUCAAGUAGUGGAAAGAGAUAGUCGGAGAGUCGGUCUCAAGCGCUUCAAUCGAAUCAACAUUCGUGGUUUAGCAGCUUUCAUCAAUGGAAGCCCACAACGCCAAGAUGCUUUCUAA